AUGAGGAAUCCUUGGAUCGAAACCCCCUUGAUCGAAUCCGCGGCUUUAUCGAAGACAGCCGGAUGUAAAGUCUUCUUGAAACUAGAACUUCUACAACCAUCGGGGUCUUUCAAAUCGAGAGGAAUCGGUUUUCUGAUCCUCCACAGCCGUCUUGACCCAGAAAACGAUGGCAAGGACCUCCACUUCUACAUCGCUUCAGGAGGCAACGCAGGACUCGCGGCCGUCCUCGCAGCUCGAGACAUCGAAGUUCCAUGCACGGUGGUCGUACCGCAUAGCACAAAACCGGCCAUGAUCACCAAGCUGCGUGCGAUCGGCGCUACGGACGUGCUUCAGCACGGUAGUAGCUGGUUCGAGGCCGACACCUACUUACGACAAAAUUUCAUCGACAACCAAGAUCGACAGCCCGACGCGGCAAAGCGAAAGAACAUCCACCUGCCGCCUUUCGAUCACCCGAAGGUCUGGGAGGGUGCGGCGACCAUGGUGGAGGAAAUUGCACGCCAAUUGCCCCCGCCUGAAGACUCUACGAGCGAAGCCUUCCCGGCCGAUGCCAUUGUGUGUAGUGUGGGCGGCGGGGGUUUGUUUAAUGGCGUCGUCGGAGGGCUGGAAACGUGUUUGCAGUCUCGGAAGACGGCGGCGGGGAAAGAUGUCUACGUUGUGGCCACCGAGACCGAGGGGGCCCAUUCCCUGGCGCAUUCGAUCCAACACAGAAGCCUGCAGUCGCUCCCGGCAAUCACAUCCCAAGCCACCUCGCUAGGGGCGUUGUGCGUAGCUCCCCGAACCUUGCAGUAUGCGCAGGCACCGCCGGCCGGCGUGAAGGUUGUCAGCGCCGUGGGGUCGGACGCCGACGCUGCGCAAGGCGUGGUGCGUUUAGCGGAUGAGCACCGAUUGCAGGUGGAGUUGGCGUGCGGGAUCAGUGUCCAUAUUGGCGCCAUGGGGAGAAUGCGAGAGCUGGUGCCGGAUCUGAGGCCGGAGAGUCGCGUGGUGGUGGUUGUCUGCGGGGGGAGCAACGUGACGGCGGAGACGAUUGCGGAGUAUCGGCGACAGCUGAGUGCGGGAUGGACAUAA